AUGGAAAAUUAAGGAAAACUAAAGCAAAUUCAAGUUGCAUUCACAGCCAAGGAGCAGCCUGAAGGGGACGGAGCUAGAGUAAGGCGAUUCAUAGGUGUAAAGCAAGUGCCCACGCUAGACCCAUUCUUAAUGUUAGAUUGGUUCAAUGUUAAGCUGCCUGCAGGCUUCCCAGAUCACCCCCAUAGAGGUUUUGAGACUGUGACUUAUCUGAUGCAAGGAGAGUUCUUCCAUGAGGAUUUCAAGGGUCACAAGGGCAAGCUAGGACCAGGAGACAUUCAAUGGAUGACAGCUGGAAAAGGUAUAGUACACUCAGAGAUGCCAGCUAGUUUCACAGAAGCAGCAAUUGGAUUUUAGUUGUGGAUUAAUUUGGAUUCCAGCAAUAAGUUUUGCAAUCCACGUUAUUAGGAAUUCAAAGCAGAAUCGAUCCCAGUCUAUAAGGACACGUAAUUUUAAGCCAAAGUUAUUUCUGGUCAGGUCUUUGGAGUCAAGGGCCCCAUUGAGGCUAAGACUCCUACUUACUUCUUAGACUUCUUCAUGGACAAGGGCAAGAUUUACUCACAUGCUAUCCCAGCUGGCUGGAAUGCAAUGGUAAUUGUACAUAAUGGGUCUUUGAAAAUUUAAGACUCUCCCAACGUUUUAAGCAAAGGUGACUCUGCUUAAUUUGUAUUGAAUGAAAAUGAGGAGGAAUAUUUGAAGUUUGAGUCUAUGCAAGAUGGUACAGGAUUUGUGUUGCUUGCUGGCAAACCAAUUAAUGAACCAGUAGUCUGGCGCGGUCCAUUCGUACUCAACACUCAAGAAGAAUUGAAAAAGACAUUUAGUGAUUAUUCAAAUGGUAAAAAUGGGUUUGAGGGAUCGAAUACUUGGGAAUCAGGAAUUAAGGAUCUUAAGUUUUAACAGUGA